UAAUUGCCAGUGCACCACAAGCCCUUCGGCAGUUCAGGUGUCUGUUCCCACGCAUCCUGUUGUCCUCACCAUCCCCAGGCCCUCAACAAGUGCAAAAUUCCCAUCAACCCCUGCCCAGAAGUGUCCAAGACCAUCAGUGAACUCUUGAAGACCACAAAUAACCUCCAUAAAUCGGAAAAUACGUGAUUUAUUCCCUCUACAAGUGGAGUCAGAUGAAUGUUCCCACGCUCUCAUUGUCAUGUAACUGUGUAUUGGAUACGUAGGUGUGAAAUUCCGUAGUGAAGAUGAACGCACAGGGACAACACGUACAGGAGCAUGGACAUGCUGUUGUUGUGUGGGAGUGGGAGAAUAGACAGGGUAGAUGGAGACCCUACAGUCCUGCUGUCUCACAGCAUCUCGAAAGGGCACAUUUCAAGAAAUUAACGAGGGUGUUCCUCAAUGAUGCUGAUACAACACUCGACAGGUACUACAUAAACCUGAAGACGAAGACCCAGUGCAGCGACGAUGGAGAGGAAAUUCACAGUGUCCGACGUAAAUUCUACCUGCCAGGAUCGCCAGCUGGAAAAGGUGCCAAAUGGGAAUGGGGUGGUGACACUGACGACUGGCACACGUACGAUAUGGAAGUCCAGUGCCUUAUCGAAGAAGCUUGGGCAAUGGGAAACAAAACCAUUGAUGUCUCGAAAACCUACCUGGGCUUCCCCUACAUAAUAAACUUCUGCAACCUGACCCAAGUCCGAUGUUGCACCGGGUAUGUUCGACCAAUACGUCGGGUGCAACAAGCACCGUAUCCUCUAGUCAAGGUCACCCUGGAUGAACUGCAUUAUGCGACUGGAAGGCGUGUCGUAGCUCCACCGACAGUCAAGAACACCAGUUCCAAGAAUGCGCUGAAGAAGCCGCCCUGUGGCAGCUCCAAAAAGGCAUCCAAAAAGAGUAAAAGCAGUGAAAAUAGCCCAGCAAACAUAGCUCGAGUGAUCCUCAGUAACUUCAACAUCUUCGGGACGAAGAGCUCCAUGGAGCCAGCUCCCAUAGCCCCAAACGAGUCCUCUCAGAAGCGCAAGAACUGGGACAGUGUCUUGGACGCUGACUCCAGUAGUACCAAGAGUGGUCGUCGUCCAAGUGUUGAUACAGUCUCCACGUACCUCAGCCACGAGAAUCCAGUCGAUCUCUUGGACAGCAGCAUCGGGAGUGACGAGAUCUUCAAAGAUCCUGCGGACGUUCAAAUGCACUCGGACGUCAUCUCGCAGUACGUUAAGGUCGUGGAGAGCGAUGGAACGGAUUCGUGUCCUGUGUGUCUGGGCACCCCGGAGCCGCUCACCGUGGAACUCACACGUUGCCAUCAUCGGUUGCAUCUUGCUUGUCUCAAUGCGAUGUUGAGCUCGCAACAGCAUCCGAUGUACAUUCAGUGUCCAGUCUGUCGUAUGAUCUAUGGAGAGAAACGGGGGAAUCAGCCCCCAGGCUCCAUGAACUGGACGAGGAUACCUAGGGCCCUUCCUGGCUUUCCUCACACCAACACCAUCCAGAUCACGUAUGACAUUCCAUCUGGAAUUCAGGGCCCCGAGCAUCCCAACCCGGGCCAGACAUUCUACGCCGUGGGCUUUCCCCGUGUUUGUUAUCUCCCCGAUAACGAUCUCGGUCGCAGGGUACUCAGACUCCUCCAGAUCGCCUUCGAACGGCGCCUCACCUUCACCAUCGGCAGAUCUGUGACAACCGGUCGUGAGGACGUCGUCACCUGGAACGAGAUUCACCACAAAACUGAACUCGGCCCGUCCACCUCGGGACACGGUUACCCAGACGUGAGUUAUCUGGAGAGGACUCUCUCAGAACUGGCCGCUCAGGGUAUCACCGAUGGACAGUCCACGUCCCAUUAUCAAGAACUGCGUUAAAUCCUUUGAAACUUGCGAGGUAUUUUAAGUUUCGAAGGCACAGGGCAGAUAAGACGUAAAGUAUUAUUUCAUAAUCGGAAAAUAUUGAUUGAGAAAGACAAUCGGCAAUAUUGAUUAAUUCCAGACGUUAGCAAGGAACUGAUAGACUAAUAAUUCUCUUGCUUUCGGUCCAUAUCUUCCAGUAAUUGAAUAUAAUUUUUUUUGUGAAAAAUACAAAAUUAUCUUCACGUUAAUUUUCAUUAUUUUAUCGUCGUAGGAUAGGGGACAUAUGCUCAGAUUGUUUAAUUCUAGAGAUAUAUAAAUAUAUAUAUGCAGAAUUGUAGAUGAAUGAAAUAUGAAUAUUUUGUAAGGUUAUAUUUUACAAUAAAUUUUUAUAGAAAAUUA